AUGACUCCGCCACUGCUCGGUGGUGUAGAGGAGGUUGCCAGCAGUGCUUCGCUACUGGCUUCUUCAACCUCCAUAGAAAGCGUAUGUCAAAAUGGGUCUGCUGAGCUCAAAGAGCGCAACUACAUGGGAUUGUCUGAUUCAUCCUCAUCUGGGGAUAGCUCCGCAAUCUCUGCCGUCACUGGUGAGAGCAAGACUAGUCUGAAUCUUAAGGCGACAGAGCUUCGGCUUGGAUUACCAGGAUCUCAGUCGCCGGAAAGGAACUCAGAUCUUUCCUUAUUUGCCUCUACUCAGCUUGAUGAGAAGCCCCUCUUCCCCAUGCAUCCAGUGAACGAUCAUCAUGGAUCUUCCACGCCCAAGACUUUACUUUUGGGGAAUAAAAGAGGGUUCUCUGAUGCCAUGGAUGGCUUCUCAGAGGAUAAAUUUUCUUCUGAAUCGAAGGUAAAUGAGAUGUUAACUCCGAGGCCAUCUCAGAACUUGGGGCUGAAACCGGGUUCCAUCCUCGAGAACCUGACUUCUCAAACAGCAAAGACGAAUGAAGCAGUAGGGCAGAAGCCUGCUCAGGAAAGGCCCCAUGUCUCGAACAACAACAGGGGCUCUGCAAACAAUAGCAGUGCACCUGCUACUAAGGCACAAGUUGUGGGUUGGCCACCCAUCAGGUCGUUUAGGAAGAAUUCACUUGCUACCUUGUCCAAGAAUACUGACGAAGUAGAUGGAAAGGUGGGUGCUAGUGCUCUGUAUGUCAAAGUCAGCAUGGAUGGUGCUCCAUAUCUGAGAAAAGUUGACCUGAGGAACUACUCUGCAUAUAAGGAACUCUCUUCGGCUCUUGAGAAGAUGUUCAGCUGUUUUACCAUAGGUCAAUGCGGAUCCCAUGGAACUUCAGGAAGGGAGAUGCUGACUGAAAGCAAGUUGAAGGAUCUUCUCCAUGGUUCAGAAUAUGUUCUCACCUACGAGGAUAAAGAUGGAGACUGGAUGCUUGUCGGUGAUGUUCCAUGGGAGAUGUUUACUGACACCUGCAAGAGGAUGAGGAUCAUGAAGGGUUCUGACGCCAUUGGUUUAGCCCCACGGGCGGUAGAGAAGUGCAGGAACAAGAAAUAG